UUGGCUUCAGGAGAAAAAGUGUUGAUAACAGCGGCGGCGGGAGGUGUCGGACAUAUCGCCGCCCAAUGGGCUCUACUGAAGGGCUGUCACGUAAUCGCCACCACAUCUAACGACAAGAAGCAGGAGUUCCUCAAAGAGUUGGGUUGUCAUCGGGUUAUCAAUUAUAAGACCGAGAAUUUGGAUCAAGUCUUGAACACUGAAUAUCCGUCGGGAAUUGAUGUCAUUUGGGAGACAAUCGGUUCACCAGUUUUUGAGCAGUUGUUUGAACACUUGGCCCGAAGGGGACGCCUAAUCAAUAUCGGCGCCACUUCUGGCUAUACUAGUGUCGGAUACGCGCCCAUCAAAAUCGAUGACUUUAUUGUCAAGCUCCAUUACGGCGCCCGCACUGUCAUAGGAUUCCUGACCUUUGAUUAUAAACACAAAUUCGAGGAAUACUCGAAACAAUUGUCUGAAUAUUAUGUGAAAAAUAAACUCAAAAUUUUCGUCGAUUUCGGGGUUAAUGUGGGCGAAGGUCUCGAAGCCGUUUCCAAUGGCCUU